ACCGCGCCAUGGCUUCCUUCAACAAGUCCGCACGUACGACCAGAUGAAAGCAAAGCUCGGCGUUUUUUAAUGGAACACUAGCCUGAACGAAGGAAUAGUACGUUUGUUCGUGUGUGGUUGCGUUGCCGAGAUCGAUCGAUAGACAGGGUAGCAGCUAGCCCAGACACACACAUAUUGGUCUGUGGCCAUAUGGCGGGGCUGGGGUUUCCGAGGAGCAAGGAGGCGGCCCGUAGCCACGCGGUGUCGUUCCUCCUCGGCGCGGCGCUGCCCACUGCCCUCCUCUUCUUCCUCGCGUCCGACCGCCUCGGCGACGGCUUGUCCACCAUCUCGCACAGCUGGGGGAACGGGCCGGCGGGCGACGACGAAGCAAACCAGCAUGCCAUGUUCAAGGGCCUAGCCGAGCUGCUGCCGAGAGUUGCCAUGGACGACAGGACGGUGAUCAUCACGUCGGUGAACGAGGCGUGGGCGCGGCCCGGCUCCCUGCUGGACCUCUACCUCGACAGCUUCAGGAACGGCCAGGACACCGCGCACCUCCUCGGCCACCUCCUCGUGGUCGCGCUCGACGCCCGCGGCUUCCGCCGCUGCCAGGCCGUGCACCCUCACUGCUACCUCCUCCUCAACGUCACGUCGUCCGUGGACAUGAGCUCCGCCAAGCCGUUCAUGAGCACGGACUACCUGGAGCUCGUCUGGACCAAGCUCGUCUUCCAGCAGCGCGUGCUGGAGCUCGGCUACAACUUCCUUUUCACGGACUGCGACAUGGUAUGGUUCCGCAACCCGUUCCAGCACUUCCCCGUGUACGCCGACAUGAGCUGCUCGUCGGACGACUUCAAGCCGUCGCGCGCGCCGCUGGACAACCCGCUCAACACAGGCCUCUACUACAUCAAGUCGACGCACCGGAGCGUCGAGAUGAUCAAGUACUGGCGGGCGGCCAGGGAGAGGUUCCCGGGGCAGCACGACCAGGCCGUGUUCGUCAACAUCAGGCACGAGCUCGUCACCAAGCUGCAGGUCAGGAUCCAGCCGCUGGACACGGUGUACUAUGGAGGGAUCUGCGAGUACCACGACGACCCCGAGAAGGUCUGCACCAUCCACGCCGACUGCUGCGUUGGGCUGGACACCAAGGUGCACGACCUCAAGGCCUUUGCCGCGGACUGGAAGAACUACACCAGCCAGGCGCCGGAGGAGAGGCAGAAGGCUGCUUUCAAGUGGACCUACCCGACUCGGUGCCGGGAUUCCAUAGGUUGGCGUAAGCCUUGACUAGCGCGCAAUCUCAAGUGGGUAACAGGAGCCAUUGUAUAAUAUUUUUAAACAUGACAUACAGACACCCGAGAAUGUAUGCACGCCUGUCCACUGUUAGGACUCCUGCAACCUUUGCUCAAAAUCUAGUCGCUUAUGCUCAAAAUCUAGCAACUAGAUACGAUAGAACUUGAGAUAUACCUUUAUGUUGGUCAAUGAUGCUAUUGAGACGGUAUAUAUAGCUA